AUGAACAACGUGACCGUCAAAGUGGGCACACUGUUUGAGUGUGAGUCCAUUCAAGAACAUUUGGAUUACACUGAAAAACAUUUUAUCUACGACCCAAUAUGGCGGCAGACUGCUAUCGGUUGUACCAUCUUAUGUCUUCUGAGGGAUAUGUACAAAUUUAAAUUUGGCUUCCUUCUAAGUCGUAGGGACAAGAAAUUCUUCACCACAUUCUACAGCAAACCGUUUACCAGGCCUGUGUGGAACUGCUUGUAUGCCAUGGCAUUCCUCACCAGCAUCAUCUUCUACAUGCUCAAACGAUGGGAGUUCAGCGUGGUCGGCGGAUGGCAUUGCAGCUUCGUAUACGAAUCCCUAGUCAUCAUUGGUGGAUAUUGCCAACAUAUACCACCUAUAGACACGAGGUUACCAUCCAGAAGAAUUGCCUACUUCAUCUUCUUCGUGUUCACGUACAUCGUGUAUACCUUCUAUACUUCUAACCUGCUCUCAAAUCUAGUGAAUGAUAAAGACAAUGAAAUCAACUUGGAGACUCUUGUAGCCACUGAAUAUAUGCGUGUCAUUGUGGACUAUAUGAUGAGGAACAUCGUGGAACGUUCUCAUAUGUACGCCCAGAACUACGGAGCUAUAUUCGACAGGCUGAUGGCAAUGCGAGUGGUGACCGUCGUCAAAGGACUGGAGGAAGUGAAGACGGGGCGCGUGGCUCUACUCUCUGAUUAUACUACCAUAUAUCCGUAUAUGAAAAGGGUAUACGACAACGAUGACAUUUGCAAGUUGGUGUCAGUCGACCUGUUUUCCGGAGUCAAAAAGUAUUUUCAUGCUUCAAAACAAUUUCAAUACAAGGAACAGUUUAAAAUUGGCACACUGCGUAUAAAAGAAUCAGGAAUACUGCAACGGAUAGUUUCAACCGAAUUUGAAGAGCCUAAGUGUACGAAAAGCCAUCUAAUACAAAUAUCUAUGCAACAAAUAUCAAUACCUAUUACUAUAUUAGCGUGUAGUUACGUCAUAUCAUUAUUGAUACUUGUUGCUGAAAGGAUUCACUACAAGAGAUAUGGUGUCUGGCCUUAUGUAGAAGCCGAAAUAGGAGAACUGAGUAAACAAAUAAAACUACAAAUACGUAAAGAUAGAGAACACAAUAGACUUGAAACCUUCGAAAAGUUCAUCAAAAAUACAGGGGGAAUCAAAAAGGCCGUUAAAGUUUUGUCAGAUAAAACCAACUGGAUAGCUAAUGUGAAAGACCGACAUGGUGAGACUACAACCAAGAGGGUUGAUAUCCUAUCAAUAGCUACAAACUUCUAUAAAGACCUGUAUUCCAGCAAGAACUUUAUGGAUAAUACUGAACUAAACAACCACGAAGAAGUCCCACUCAUACUAGAAGAAGAAGUACAUAAGGCAACCAAAACACAAAAAACCGACAAAGCUCCCGGCCCCGACCAGAUCGACAAUGAAUUACUUUUG